UGAGCAUGGGUGGGGCGUUCGUUGAGGCGUCGCCCAUGGCCGCCUAGGCGUCCUCGCCUUGCUCACCCCCCACAGUCUAUGGCGGACGACUCGCCCAUCCACCGAUUCAUUCAUUAUUAGGGAGUCCACACUUCGCUAGUACUGCCACACGGUUCCAUUCGAUUCCACAGACAGGGCCACAGAGGGUGAGAGGUAGCACGAGCGAAACCCUAGCCGCCACGACUGCUUCCGGGGCUACCCGCCGCGACAUCCCCAGCCGCCGAAGCUCCUUCUCGAUCCCGGUAGCUAAAAGGGAAGAUGUCAGGCAGAUUCCGUGCUACACCUGCCAAGAGGAAGAAGCUGCAGAUGAUACAGACUACAUUGGAUAUGUUCAGGAAGACACCUGAGGAGGUUGUUAGGGAAAGGCAUGCCCCUGGUUUUGUUGAGUCUGAUGUUGAGCUGUCAGAGAAGAAAAAGAAACUGCAUGCAAAGCUUACCAAGCUUUGGUCCAACUUCUUGCAGGAGAAUGGCCUGCCGCUCAGUAUCAUCAACAAUAGGAGCUUUGAGCUUAUGGUCGAGGCCGUUGCACAGUAUGGGCCUGGGUAUGUAUGUCCCAGUAAAGAGGAGUUGAUGGGUCCUCUAUUUGAGAAGCUGAUGGAUUGGGUGGCUGAACUGAGGAAGAAGCAUGAGAGGGCCUGGGAGCAGCACGGUUGUACGCUUAUGGUGGAUUCCUUCACCAAUAAUUUGAGGAAUCUUCACUUGCUCAGUUUCAUGGUUGGUAGUGUGGAGGGAAUUUUCUUCUUGGGUUCAGCUGAUGCCUCAUAUUUAUCAGAUUAUGAAGAUUUGGCAGAUCUGAUAGAGGACAAGAUUGAGGUCAUAGGUAGGGACAGAGUUGUUCAGGUUGUCAGUGAUAACAGUCACAAACUUAAGGCUGCGUGCAGGCUUCUAAUGGAGAGGAAUCCUACUCUGUUUUGGACCCCCUGUGCUUUCCAGUGCCUGGACCUUAUGCUGAAGGACAUUGGGAGGUUGGAAGAAUUUAACAAACAUAUUCAGCAGGCCAAGCAUGUCACCACAUUUGUCUAUAGGCAUCAAAGAUUUCUUUGUGCAAUGUGCAACAAGAUAGGUCGGAAGGAACUUGUGGUGCCCGCAACCACUCGAUACUCCACAUUGUUCCUAACUUUGAAGAGGAUGUACAAGCAUAAAGAUGUAAUGAAGUGUCUAUUCACUAAUGAAGACUGGAGUAGGUCCAAAUUGUCAAGUACAGAAACAGGGGCCAACGUGCGUGAAAUUGUGUUGUCACCCACAUUCUGGAAUGGAGUAGAAGAUUGCAUAAAAGCAUCAGAACCACUUCUUGCUGUUUUGAGGAUGGUCUACAGUGGUGAAAAGCCAGCAAUGCCAGAGGUUUUUGCAUGCCUCGAUCUUGCUAAGAAGAAAAUCAGUGAUUCUUUUUCAUGCAAUCCUGUAAUACUGAAGAAAGUAAUUGACAUUAUUGAGUUGCAUUGGGCAGAACAAAUGGAGCAAAAGCUAUAUGAAGCUGCAUUGUUUCUGAACCCAAACAAAUAUUUUGACAUCAAAGAAAAUGAUUAUUGAUGAUGAUGAUUUAAUCUCAAAGGUAAGUGACCUAGCUGAUCAAUAUGAGAGCGCAGAAAGUUACUUUGGAAAGAAAUUACCAAUGCUACAACGGAAGAAAAAGAGUCCAAGUGAUUGGUGGACUGCCUAUGGUGGGUCUGCUGGAGAGCUCCAAAAUUUGCAUGGCGUAUCACUGGUCUUUACUGUUCAGCAUCUGGCUAUGAUCACAACUGGACUACGUUCGAGUCUAUCCAUACCACAUAUAUGAACCAGUCAGAGCGGAAGAGAUUGGAGGAUCAUGCUUAUAUUCGAUUCAACCGGAUGAUGGAAAAUAGGUCUGAAAGGCAGCGUUCAGAAGGAAGUAACUUUGACCCUUUGAUCCUAGAAAACUGUGAGUUGGAGUAUGAUUGGGUUGGCAUGUAUGCUGAACAUUUUAACAGGGAUGAUCUUGCAUGGCAACUUCUUGUCGACGUCACCAAUGGAUCAUAUAUACUUGGAGACCACUAUACUCUUAGGAAAUCCUUCCAUGAGAUGAUGAAUUCUGAACAGGGAAGUCCCACGUCAAGGUUGACUGACGAGACAGAGUCAGACACUGAACGAGAAAAUGAUUCCCUAUUGGUUGAUGAUGAAGACAUCGACAACGACUAUGGGCAGCAGGAUCUGCUGAUUCCUAGUGAUGAUGAGAGUGGUGAACAAAGUGGUGAUGUGGUCCGGAUGGUUGAUCCUUUUGACAUGGAUGAGUUUUUGAAAGACCUUUGAGCCAGAUGAUUAUGGUUGGUACUGACAGGGUGUGAUGUUUGUAGGGUAUUUAAUUAUCUUUGAGAGCUCAGUUGUCACGGUAGUAUGAUUCUUUUGGAGGAUGUGGUGAACAGUUUUCUGUGGCCCCUGGUAACCUUGGUUGAUUGCAAUGUUAUUUUGGUACUACUAAGUUAAUUUCCUUUGCUGCUCUGCUGAGCAAGAAGAUAUAUAUGGUGCAUGUGCCUAA